CUGUGCUAUAACGAGUUGGCGAUAUAUACACAUUACACACAUACCUGAGCAGAUCUUGAGUUAAAAGAAAUUAGGGUUCUACUCUACUUACUUUAUGUUACCCUAAAGGAACCAAGAGAAUGGGUAUGAUUAGUGACUUACCUGACCAGAUGCUCCUUGAGAUUCUCUCAUGGCUUCCAACAAGAGAAGUGGUGGCGACAAUGCUUUUGUCCAGACAAUGGGAGUUUCUUUGGAAGCAAGUGCCAACACUUGAUCACGCUUUUAGCCAAAACGAUGGCAAAGACUCUUCAGAUUUUGUCAACACAUUUUUGCGGUUAAACGAGAGUCCGGUUUUUAGAAGUUUCAAGUUAUCGGUCAGUCCAUACUGCGACGCGAGAAAUGUUAGAACCUGGAUUGAUUUCGCAGUUUCCCGGAGGGUGCGUCACCUUGAAAUCGACCUUACAGCCGCCCGGAAGCCUAUGAUCACGACUCUUCCAAAGCGUCUGUACACUUGUGGGACACUAACUUGUUUGAAUCUAAAGGCCCUUGUACUCGACGAAAUACCUGAAGAAUAUCCAAUUCGUCUCGCAUCGCUCCAUUACUUGUACCUCUCCGUCUCAAGUCAAGUGUCGGGGCACAUGUUUAUGUGUAAGCUUAACGCUGGUGCGCCUCUUCUAAAAAGGUCAGUGGUACGCGGUGACGAUGUCUACAAUAAGCAGUUUCUUGAUUAUAUAGCACGUAAAAACUCACUGAAGAGCUUUACAUUGUGCUCAUCAGAGUGGGAUCCAGUCACCAUUGGCCCUUACUUUAAGAAGCUUGAGCAUUUUUGUAUGUGCACAUGUUCCCCCUGGUGGUGGGAUUUGCUUAUCGCGUUUCUUAAGUAUUCGCCUAAACUACGCUCUCUCCAGCUAACCAAGUCUUGCAACUUGAGACGUUGUUUUCUUUGGGCGGAGCCAAUUACUACUAGUGGUCCCCAGUGCUUGUCAUCGACGCUUCAAACCUUGGAAUGGAGAGAUUAUACAGAUACUCAAUUCGACAAAGAUGUUAUCUCUUUUCUCCUCAAGAACGCUACGUGUUUAACAAAGGUCAAGAUUGUCCCCGUAACCACCACUGGUCAUAUUGAGAAGCUUCGAAUCCAAGCCUACCUCUCAAACUUGUCUAGAGGUUCAACUGCGUGUCAGCUUAUCUUCCCCUAAACGAUAGUAUCAAGCUCUCAAGAUUUGUUAUGUUCGUUGACAAAAAAAAACAAAAAAUAAAAAAGAUU